AUGCCGGCUACUAAUUCCGUGCAUGCAGAUCUUGGUCGGCUCACGCGGGAUCAUGCAGCUUCCAAACUGGAAGAAGGCGGCUGGUUCUUGGGCGCUUCGCGCGACUUUUGGAUUGUACUGGGGAGUUGCGUCGCGGCUUGCUUGGCGUGUUUCUUCGCGUCGGUCGCAGCAGUCGAGCUCCAGACGAGGAGGCGAGGCUUCCAACGUGUCGAGGAAUCUAGUGAUAGUGAAAGCGAGGCUGCUUCGCACUCAGAGCUUCUGGAUCCCUUGCUGGAGAAGCCCUCCGCCAAUCCUGGCUUUGUACAGAGGGUCCUCUUUAAGGCGGACUUCUACGGAGGCAGUUUUGCUUUCAAUGCCGACCUGGCCCUAAGAGGCUCCCUGGUUGCACUUUUUUGUGCCGCCACCUACUACUUCGAGUGGCUCUCGUGGUGGCAAGAGCAGGGCUGGGAGAUGAGCUACGUUGUCGUGAUCCUGGCCUUCACUUUCUACUUGGAUUUGGGAACGACGAACUACCUGGCCUGGACCGGCUUCUACGGCACGCUUUUGCCGGUUGUGAACUGCUGGCUGAUGUUUGGGCUCUUCCCGGAUGGAGUGAAGGUCACUGUGGACCAGUGGGAUCCUGAUUGGGCAUACAUCUUUGGCUAUGUGAACUUUUUCCUGGUGGUCUUGAUCACCGUGGCCUUCAACUUCGCCACCAACGCCAAGAUGUUUGCCCUGUCUUGGCAAGCCUAUUUCACCAUGUGCUUCAUCAAUCCGGAGGACACUACCUUCUUCAGCCGGGCCCCAAAGGACGUGUUGCUGAAGGGCGCAGAAACGGGAGCCCUGAUGGGAACCAUCUGGGGCUGCGUGUUUGCAGUCUUCAUCUCCAUUCUGCCCACGUGUAUCUCUGCGCUCAAGAUGGCACAAGAUGCCACACUCGAGGUGGCCUGGUCUCAGAGCAAGCUGAUUGAGCACCUUGUCGCCCUCAGGGGGGUGAGCAUGGAUUCUCAGACUUCGGUGGUUUUUGCGGCAGAAGUGCGUGGCGUGCACCAGCAAAUCCUGAAAGCGAAGGCCUGGCUCGAUAACAGCUGGUGGGAAUGUUUCGGUUGGGGAAGAGCAGGGCGGUCAAGACUGAUGCUGAUCCAGAUUUGCGAUGCUUUUGAUGUUUUCAAUGACUGGCUGGAAGCCAUUAUUAUGAGCGUGCAGCACUCCGAAUCAGUGGCCAUGAACCACCACAUAUUUGAGGCCGUCUUGCCAGAGCUGGAAGAGCUUGCCCGUGCAUCCAAGGUCUGCCUUCAUCUCUCUGCGUAUGUGGCGGUGAGUGGGUGCUUGGAUGAAUCGGAUGCUUUGUGCUCAGCCAUCGAGACCCUUAAUGGAGCCCAAGCCCGCCUCGCUGCGCGGUUCAGAGCUCACGUCUCCACAUCUCCGCUGCUGCAGACCUUUAAGCCCGAUCACCUCCCGGAGUUGGCUCUGGCUGCCUCCAUGAGUGGCUACAGCCGGGCCAUCGCCGACCACCUCUCCGCGUUGUUGGAGGAGGAUCUUCCUGCAUCCGAGAGCCUGUUGUGGACCUUCUUGGUCGGUCUGCGGGCCUUGCCACCCACUAGGAAGGAUUUGAGGUCCACUUCUUACCACCGAGACACUUGGAAGGUCUUUGUCACGUUUGUGCUUUGCUUCGUGCUCGGGAGGGUUGGGCUUGGCUCGGUCAAGAAGUUUGUGCCGGCCUACAAUGCCACGCCCGCGGGUACGGUCGCCUACUUGAUAUUCCAAGGUGGCAACGAGGCAGCAGCCCUGAAGAAGAACACGGAUAGAUUCUUGGGCGUGGGGCUUGGAACAAUGCUGGGUCAGCUCACUCUCGGCAGCUCAUGCGCCUUCGCCAACUACUUGCAAAAUGCAUUGAUUUCGCAGCUUUCUCUGCCCGUGUACUUGUUUGUCGAGUUUGCGUCGUUCUACUGUUAUUUCGGUUCGCCGAACUUCAGCUACUGUGGCUUGCUGGUGGCUUGCUUCUUUGCUGAGCACGCGCUGGCAAGGUGUGGCGACAUCACGCAGGACAGCUUGACCAACUACCGCAACCUUCUCAGCCAGCUGCUGGCCAUUGUCAUCGCAUCCUUGAUGGACAUACUGACGGACACGUCCCUAAGCGUCAGGGCAACAGCAGACCUGGGGGCAUUUGUGCUGGUGUUCGAUAACGCGCUCUCUUGCUUUGAGCCAGGGAACGUGGGAGAUGUACAGAGUUUUCGGGCCGACGGCUUAGCUUUUUUGAGCUCGGCUCGGACAAAUGGCCAGGAGGCGAGUCGCGAGCCCCGCUUCCGGCGCACCCCCUGGCGGGCAGAUCUCUGGGGAAAUGUGAUGACCGUCUGUUCGGAAGCAUGGCAAUGUCUCACCAUCCUUGGCUGCACGGCGACGCAGUCAAGCCAGGAGCAGGAGGUGAUCCAGAAAGCCGGGCAUGUGCUCCUUUCCUCGCACCACUUUGUGCAAGAGCUGCAGGCGUUGAAGCGCAGAACGCAGGCGGCCUUCGACCUCGCCAUGAACCUGAUGCGGCAAGAUUUCGCUGGUAACAUCAGCCCGGUCACCCGGGAGCUGCAGCAGCAACUUGUAGCUUCCAACAGAAUACAGGUCACAGCAGCCCCGGACAUUUUGAGUGAUGUCCGUAAACGGCUCGCGCGAGAGCGUGCUGCACCAUCCCUAUUGGAUGAUGAGUUAUGUUCAGUGGCGAUGAUGCUUAUGAUGUUGGAGGCACUGGCCAUCCGAGUGCAACGGCUAGAGACGGCUCUGCUCCAGCAGCCUGAGAUGUGGCAGCUUCUGUCAGUGGAUGGUAUGACAGGCAGUUGA